AAUCCGAGGGGGGAAGUUUUGGUGGUUGUUGCCUGGGGUUGUGAGAGGAAGCGGGGAGGUGCGCGCGGGGGGGAGGAGGAGGAGGAGGGGACCUGUCCCCCUCCCACCUUAGGCCGUUGCUAUGGGCAACCGAGGAAUGGAGGAGCUCAUCCCGCUGGUGAACAAGCUGCAGGACGCCUUCAGCUCUAUCGGGCAGAGCUGCCAUCUCGACCUGCCGCAGAUCGCCGUGGUGGGCGGCCAGAGCGCGGGCAAGAGCUCCGUCCUCGAGAACUUCGUCGGCCGGGAUUUCCUGCCUCGUGGAUCUGGAAUUGUUACCAGGCGUCCCCUCAUUCUUCAGCUUAUCUUUUCUAAAACAGAAUAUGCAGAAUUUUUGCACUGCAAGUCUAAGAAGUUUACAGAUUUUGAUGAAGUCCGACAGGAGAUUGAAGCGGAGACAGACAGGGUUACAGGAACAAAUAAAGGCAUCUCUCCUGUUCCCAUUAACCUGAGGGUGUAUUCACCACAUGUAUUGAAUCUGACUUUGAUUGACCUUCCGGGUAUCACUAAGGUGCCAGUGGGUGACCAACCCCAGGACAUUGAGUACCAGAUAAAAGAUAUGAUUUUGCAAUUCAUCAGCAGAGAUAGUAGCCUGAUUCUUGCUGUGACUCCAGCCAACAUGGAUUUGGCCAACUCAGAUGCUCUCAAAAUGGCCAAAGAAGUUGACCCACAAGGCUUACGGACUAUUGGGGUAAUAACCAAACUAGACCUGAUGGAUGAAGGCACUGAUGCAAGAGAUGUUCUGGAGAACAAACUUCUACCUCUGCGGAGAGGCUACAUUGGAGUUGUGAACCGGAGCCAGAAGGAUAUUGAUGGUAAGAAGGACAUCAGAGCAGCAUUGGCAGCUGAGCGCAAGUUCUUCCUUUCCCAUCCUGCUUACAGACACAUGGCAGACCGCAUGGGAACCCCGCACUUGCAGAAGCUGCUCAACCAGCAAUUGACAAACCAUAUCCGGGAGACUCUGCCAUCACUGCGUAGCAAACUCCAGAGCCAGCUUUUGUCCCUUGAAAAAGAAGUGGAGGAAUACAAGAACUUCCGCCCUGAUGACCCUACGCGGAAAACGAAAGCCUUGCUUCAGAUGGUCCAACAGUUUGCUGUGGACUUUGAGAAGCGGAUUGAAGGUUCCGGGGACCAAGUAGACACGUUAGAACUAUCAGGCGGAGCCCGAAUAAACCGCAUCUUCCACGAAAGGUUCCCUUUUGAACUUGUCAAGAUGGAGUUUGAUGAGAAGGAUUUGAGACGAGAAAUCAGCUAUGCAAUCAAAAACAUCCAUGGUGUAAGGACGGGGCUGUUCACACCAGACUUGGCAUUUGAGGCCAUUGUGAAAAAACAGUUGGUGAAGCUGAAAGAGCCUUGUCUGAAAUGUGUCGACCUGGUUAUUCAGGAGUUAAUCAAUACAUUUAGACAGUGUACCAGUAAGCUUGGUUCUUACCCUAGGCUUCGAGAAGAAACAGAAAGAAUUGUUACGACAUACAUCAGAGAACGAGAAGGGAAAACUAAGGACCAGAUUCUCCUGCUGAUUGACAUAGAGCUGUCCUACAUCAACACUAACCACGAAGACUUCAUUGGAUUUGCCAAUGCACAGCAAAGGAGCACCCAAGCAAAUAAGAAAAGAGCAAUCCCAAAUCAGGGUGAGAUACUGGUCAUCCGGCGAGGCUGGCUGACUAUCAACAACAUUAGCAUCAUGAAAGGUGGCUCCAAGGAGUAUUGGUUCGUCCUGACGGCAGAAAGUUUGUCUUGGUACAAGGAUGAAGAGGAAAAGGAGAAGAAAUACAUGCUCCCUCUGGACAACCUAAAAAUUAGAGAUGUGGAAAAAGGCUUCAUGUCCAACAAGCACGUAUUUGGUAUCUUCAACACAGAACAAAGGAAUGUAUACAAAGACCUGCGUCAGAUUGAGCUUGCGUGUGACUCCCAGGAAGACGUGGACAGCUGGAAGGCCUCCUUCCUCCGUGCUGGUGUUUACCCUGAGAAAGACCAAGUGGAGAAUGAAGAGGGAUCCCAGGAAAACACCUUUUCCAUGGAUCCUCAGCUAGAACGCCAAGUGGAAACUAUCCGCAAUCUUGUUGACUCGUAUGUUGGGAUCAUCAACAAGUCGAUCCGGGAUCUUAUGCCAAAGACAAUAAUGCACCUAAUGAUAAACAAUACCAAGGAUUUCAUCCACUCGGAGCUUCUGGCCUACCUGUACUCCUCCGCAGACCAAAACAGCUUGAUGGAGGAGUCUGCAGACCAGGCGCAGCGCAGGGACGACAUGCUGCGAAUGUACCAUGCCCUGAAGGAGGCCUUGAACAUAAUUGGAGACAUUAGUACCAGCACCAUUUCCACACCGGUUCCUCCUCCUGUGGAUGACACAUGGCUGCAGCCAGGGGCUAGUGGGCAUAGCCCAACAUCACAGCGCAGGCCUACUUCGACUGUGUUGCCACCAGGGAGACCGCCAGCAGUGAGGGGCCCUAUGCCAGGCCCCCCCUUGAUCCCAAUGCCGGCCGCAGGCCCUUCCUCUUUUGUGGCACCACCCAUUCCUUCACGCCCUGGACCGCAAAGUGCAUUUGUUGCUAAUAAUGACCCUUUCUCAGCUCCUCCUCUGAUUCCUUCACGACCAGCACGUGUUCCACCUGGCAUCCCUCCAGGUGUGCCCAGGCGUCCAGGGAGAAAGCCGGCCUGGUCUUCGUGAAUGAUGUCUUUAAGAAUCGUCUUUAAUCUUUUCGAAACAGAAGACCCCCUGCAGCACCGAACCGGCCCACCAUUAUCAGGCCUGCUGAGCCCUCCUUAUUAGAUUAACUACAACCACUACCAGGGAGAGCUGUUGCUUGUUAACUAUCUUGUGGAGAGAACUCAUGCCUAAUCUCUUGUGUAAAAGAGCUCUUUGCAAUUGUGAUCAACUGUAGCCAAGGCCCGUUUCCCGCUUCCUUCCUAUCUUUUUCCCUCCAGUACCAGCCACCAUGAGAUGGGUGCUGUGGGUUGAUUACUUGUAAAUAGCUCUGAGAGGUCAAGCAUUCCUUGUAGUAGUUCCCUCUCUGUCCUUGGGUCUUGGCUGGGGAGGGAUUUGGUGACCUGAAUCUUCUCUGGAAAAUUGCAGGGGAGGGGUCGUUUCUUCACCCUCCUCUUGGUGGCCACACCAGACCCAUUCCACAUGGGAACAUGGAGUAUUCUGUUUUGUGGAGUUGUUUUGCACUUUGUUGAAAAUACAGAAAGGAUCCCCUAGUUGAGGGAUUGGCAAGGGAUUGCCUGUGAAUGUGUGAAAGUGGCAAGUUUGCAUUUCCACCAACACUUGUGCAUUCAACACGUAGAAUCUCCCUUCGCCAUUCACAUUAAUUGGGUUUGUCCAACUCCUCAACCUCCCCACCCGGCUAUGGAUUUAUUUGUAUUAUAAUAUAUAUAUAUAUAAUCCCCCCCCUCCCCACUUUGAUUGCCUUUCCUUUCUCCCUAUAAAUUUCAAUGCAAGAUUUGAUCAGUUUAUUUCCAUUUUAUAACUUUGAAGGGGUAAAAAAACAAAACAAAAUGAUGGGACUGCAAAAUAGCAAAUUGCUUAUAAAUUCAAUUCACUGAACUAGAGCAAGAUUUUGCCAAGGAGAAUAAUUGGAAAGAAGGUGGCACUGGGUUGCUUUUAAGCCUCAGGUAUAGAGUUGAUUUGAAUGCCACGCCACGCUCUGCACAACCAGUGUUCAUGCUUAAACCGAGGCAGCUCAGCUGUAACCUAGAUAAGCAUGAUUGGUGGUCCCUCCUGAUUUGCACCAAGGAGGCAUCCAGGUGCCCAGCGGCAGGGAUGUCUUAGUCACUUGGAGCUGUAAUACCAACUGGCUGUUCCCUGACUGGCUAUGACCAUUUGUUACCUGCCCAGUUCAUAUGGAGAAGUGUGUGUGUGUGUGUGUGUACCAGGGUUUCGAAGCGUUUUAUCAGGAUUGUGAUCCUCUGCACGGGUUGUGGUCUCUGUUGGAAAGCCUUUCCCUCCCUAAUCAGAAGAGUGACUUUGUCCCGUGUGCUUGAGAUCAGCUGUACUGCAGCUUACCUCUGUGCCUCCAGGCUGAGGCAGAUUCUUCGUGGCAAACUGUGUCCAUAAUAGAUCUUACGACACUUGUGCCACAAGGUCCCACAGAAGCUUGUUAGCAUCUGUGGUCUUUCAGAGUGGGGCGUUUUGUGUUCUUGGGUUGGCCGCUCCAUCUGUAGAGCCUCAGAGUUUGGAGUAACGCUGGAGCCUUCUCAACAGCAGUAGUAAAGCACUCUGCCCUCCCUGGGCUGUGGUUGUAUAUAUUUCUUACGAAAGACAGACUGUAUUAAUACUUGUAUAAAUUCUAGAUUUUUUUAAAAGAGAAAUCAUCAGUUAAGCCCAGCCCUCAUUAUACAAGGCUAUCAGGGAUACCUCAGCCCUUCCGGAGAUAAGAUAAAAGGAACAGCCACACAUACACCACCUGCCUUAAAUGUUUCUUCCCUUCCUGCCUACCUGCAGCAGUAGCUUCUUGCUUCGUGUCCUGGAGGAUAUGACACUUCCAUAGACGGUGCUAACUUUGUGCCUUUACUGCUUGAAUUACAUGCCGACUGCCCUAAUAACCAGUGUUGCCUUCCUAUAAAUGUCCCUCUACUUCCAACGUCACUAUCAUGGACUUUUGACCCUCUCUUGCAGUGCAUUUCAUAACCUCCUGCCACCUCCUGCCCACUGGUCACUUCUCCAAAAGCUGGCAUUUGCUUGGUAGCAUGGACCUCUACUUUUAAUUCAUUGUGUUCAUAUUUGCUUCCUCUUGACUCUUCCUGUUACCAUGUGUGAAGGGGCUGUGGGACCUUCUCUCCCUUCUUCUUUAGAUGAAAAAAAAAGAUCCCAACAGUUUGAGAUAAGUGCCUCCAUUAUGUAUCCUAUUAAUAAACUAAAAUAAAGGGAAAUUUUGCUGGUGGAAAAUCUCUGGCAGCCAGUG